AUGAACGACAUACCCUUCACCGCGAUAGAGCCUUCCACGUCGCACACCCAUACCGUCGUCUUCCUGCACGGCCGUGGGGAUAAUGCGCGCAACUUCGCAGCCUCACUGGUGCAUCUGCGUGGCUCGCAUGGCCGCAAUCUGGGCGAAAUGUUUCCCUCUUUCCGCUGGGUAUUCCCUCAGGCGCCUAUGCGCAAGUGCGCUAGUUCACCUGAGACUUGGCCACAGUGGUUUGACGUGUGGGAUGUGCGCGAUUUCACCAUCAAUGAGGACCUGCAAGCCGUAGGGCUGAAGGAAGUUGUUCCUGCUAUCCGUCGUAUUCUGGCCGAUGAGGCCGCGAAGCUGGGAGGGCGAUGGGACCAUCUGAUCUUAAUGGGUAUUAGUAUGGGUGGUGCGACGAGCGUACAUACCCUCUUCAAUUUGGAUGUGCCUCCAGAUGCGGGAGGGAGGCUUGCGGCUUUCAUUGGCUUUUCGUGCAGGUGUCCAUUUGUCGGUCGCGAUCUCGCUAGAAUGAGAAAUGCUCUGGGUCUCGAGGAAGGGGUACCUGAAGAUGCCCGUGUCAUUCAAAAUACGCCCGUGCUACUUGAACACUGCGUCGAUGACCCACUUGUCCUCAUUCAGCACGGCCGAGGCUUGAGAGACACUCUACGUGGAUUCGGUGCGCAAGUUGAGUGGAAAGAAUAUGGGAGCGACGAACAUUGGUUUAACUCACCUACCGGUACGAACGACAUUGUGGAUUUCCUAAAUAGAAAUCUUGAGCUUGGGAAGAAUAGCGCCGCUCUAACAGAAUAG